AUGCGAUUGCAAGGGCCUAUCGAAUUAUUGCCACCGGUAUACAAGAAGAAGCAAAAGGAUGGUCGAAGAUUUGCAGAUUGGGUGAAACGAUAUGGCUUUCCAGAUAUAGAAUCAUUUGAAACUGAAGACCAUCAAGAAUUCAUCUCAGCCAGUGAUGCAGCAGUAAAAGGACAAACAAUGUAUGCAACAUUGCUUAAAGAACAAAGGAAUGCGGUCAACACCAUUUUAGAUGCGGCUAAUGGAACACAAACAGAGAAAUGCUUUUUCAUCGACGGGUGCCGGGUGGAACGGGCAAGUAUCUUUAUUAUCUGUUGA